CACAUUAAAUUCUCACACACGUAGUCAUAAAGUCUGCAUAACGGCGGACGCCAAUAUCGCCGGAGCUGUCCACCUGUUCUCUCUCCCCCUCCAUUCUCCACCACCAUUUUUCCUCCCCACAAUAUCGCCGGAUUCUGAAGCUAUCUUCGUACCCACGUUUUCUAAUCAUAGGAUUUUGUUCCCAUAACAGAAACAAACAUUCUACCUUCGAAUCUUUCCUUAAAAAACCUUUUUUCCCCAUUGUUAAAGAACCAAUGGACUUUCCUUCCUCGAUCAAGAAAUCAUUCAAGUCCCACGGCUCCUACAAGCACAUGCGCAAGAUCUCCGCCGCCGGCGACGACGAUAUAUACCACGAGGAACGCCCCAUUCUCUCCGACCACCGCCACGUCGUGGACCAUCACCGUCAUCCUCGCAGCGACAUGAACGACCGCCGCGAGGUCAUCGUCAAGAUCGACGGCUGCGUCGACAACGACGCCGUCGUUGGUAACAAGACGUGGCCGCCGGAAACCCAUUACGAGUACCGGAAUAAAAAAGACAGCGGCGGCGAGAAGGUGGCGGGCGACGGCAGCGGCGGCGAGAGUUUUUAUUUUCAUCCGGGGACGGAGGUGGAUAUUGAGGAUCCGGCUUCGACGCUGGUCGGACGGUUUCUGGUUAAUCAGAGAGAGCACGGCCAAGAACUAUUUGACGUAGAUACUAAGGGAAUAGAGAUGAGCGAGAAAACCCAUAACAACACGCGCAAGUCGCCUCCGCAGGCCGAGAGUCCGGUUCAUAGCCACCGCGUUACGGCCUCGAGAGAGGUCAAGGUUUCGUUUCAAGCUCCGUCGAUAAAUGCGUUCGACGUCCAACCCGAAAGGUCAUCGGAUGAUGAUGAGGAGGAAGAGGAUGAAAUAGACAAAGGCGACGACAAAACGGGUUCCCAGCAACAGUUUCACAACCGCCACCGGUCGCCGAGUUUUUCCUCCGCGGCCGAUAACGGUGGCGGAGAGGUACUGAGGUGCACUUCUUUCCAAAUGAGGCAGACCAUGUUGAGGACGAAAACCAAGUCCAGGUUGGCCGACCCACCGCAGGAUCCUAGAUCCGGACGGGUUCCCAGGUCGGGCCAGUUGAGAUCCGGGAUUCUCGGAAGGGGUUCGGCCAUGUUGGGAAAACCAUCAGAGGGAGACGAAGACGACGACCCGUUAUUCGACGAAGAUCUCCCGGAGGAUUUAACCAAGUCCAACGUCAAUGCGCUCACUAUACUCCAAUGGGUCAGUCUAGUUCUGAUUGUGGCAGCUCUGAUCACUACCCUUGUGAUACCGGCUUGGAGGGCGAAGGAAGAGAGAGGCCUCCAAUGGUGGAAAUGGGAGGUCUUGAUACUUGUUCUGAUCUGUGGAAGAUUGGUUUCUGGUUGGGGGAUCAGAAUCAUUGUCUUCUUCAUCGAGCGCAAUUUCCUUUUGCGCAAGAGGGUUUUGUAUUUCGUGUAUGGAGUGAGGAAGCCGGUGCAGAACUGCAUCUGGCUGGGCUUGGUUCUGAUCGCAUGGCAUUACCUGUUUGAUAAAAGGGUUGAGGCAGAGACCAACAACAGGUUUCUCAAACUGGUGAACAAGUUCUUGUGGUGUUUGCUUGUGGGAGCUUUGGUGUGGCUGGUGAAAACCUUGAUGGUUAAGGUCCUCGCGUCUUCUUUCCACGUGAGCACGUUCUUUGAUCGAAUCCAGGAGUCGCUGUUCAACCAAUACGUGAUAGAAACGCUCUCCGGUCCGCCUCUGAUUGAGAUACAAACGAUCAAGGAAGACGAGGAGAGGACGAUGGCGGAGGUCCAGAAGCUUCAGAAUGCAGGAGCAAUGAUGCCUCCGGAUCUGAGGGCCACAGCAUUUGCGAAGAGCGGGAGGGUGGUGGGGAGUACAUUCCAGAAACCGCAGAAGACGUUGAGCAAGAAGUUUUCGAGAGCCCAUUCGAAAAGACCUGAUGAGGGGAUACCAAUUGACCAUUUGCAUAAGAUGAAUCCUCAGAAUGUAUCUGCUUGGAAUAUGAAGAGGCUGGUGAAAAUAGUUCGGCACGGGGUACUGUCUACCCUGGAUGAGCAGAUAUUGGAUUCAACUAAUGGUGAUGAGUCUGCCACUCAGAUUAGGAGCGAAUUCGAAGCAAAAGUUGCUGCAAGGAAGAUCUUCCAAAAUGUUGCUAGGAGGGGGACCAAGUUCAUCCAUCUGGAAGACCUUAUGCGUUUCAUGCGAGAAGACGAGGCCAUGAAGACCAUCGCUCUCAUGGGAGGUUCACAUGAUAGUGAAAAAAUAAGCAAAUCUCUCCUAAAGAACUGGGUGGUUAAUGCUUUUAGAGAACGAAGAGCCCUAGCCCUGACACUAAACGACACAAAAACAGCAGUCAACAAGCUCCAUCAGAUGGUGAAUGUACUAGUCAGCAUCGUUAUAGUGAUUGCUUGCCUCCUCAUACUAGGAAUUGCAACCAGCAAAUUUCUGCUCUUCCUCAGCUCUCAGAUUGUCGUGGUGGCAUUUGUUUUUGGAAACACUUGCAAGACGGUAUUUGAAGCCAUCGUCUUCUUGUUUGUGAUGCAUCCAUUUGAUGUAGGCGAUCGGUGUGAGAUUGAUGGAGUUCAGAUGAUUGUCGAAGAGAUGAAUAUCUUAACUACCAUUUUUCUGAGAUUUGACAACCAGAAGAUUAGUUACCCGAAUAGUACUCUUUCUACGAAGCCUAUCGGUAACUACUAUCGAAGUCCAGAUAUGGGUGAUUCGAUUGAGUUCUCCGUCCACAUUGCAACCCCAGCAGAGAAGAUUGCUAUCAUGAGGCAAAGAAUAACAAGUUACAUUGAGAGCAAGAAGGACCACUGGUACACUUCCCCAACGGUCAUACUAAUGAACUUCGAGGAGUUAAACAUGCUGAAGAUGGCAGUAUGGAUGAGACACAAAAUAAACCACCAAGACAUGGGGGAGAAGUGGUUAAGGAGGGCACAAGUGGUAGAAGAGAUGGUUAAGAUUUUCAGAGAGCUCGAUAUUGAGUACCGCUUGUUUCCCCUGGACAUCAACAUUCGCAGCAUGCCCAAUACUCCAAACUCCACCCGGAUGCCUACUACCUGGCAUGCCUCCAAUAAAUGAGCAAAAGACUUCGAGAGUAAAAUUUUCACCAUUUGUCUUCAACCUUUUGAAUUGUGCUAGUUUUUGUUUAGUGCACCAAAGGAGCAAAUCAUUUUUUGCAGGUGCAGCCCCCCCCGGGAAGAGGUUCGUCUUCUCAUCGGAAGGGCUGAGCGGAAUUAACCGGGCAAUGGAUUUCCAUGCCCAAGUUUUGUGACAGAGUUUCGUUUACUACUUCUCUUGCGGGCGGAAUUAUAUCAUUUUGAUCUCUUUAUUACUGGUUGAAUUUUGUUCAAUAUUCAGUUCAUGAUUUGCUGAACUUACUGAUACGAAAGUGUAUACACACGGAAAGAGACUUCACACAUGCAGAAAUAUAGUGAAACCUCACUGGAAUUGAUGUUUUUUGAAACAUCCCAAGGAAUG